AUGUUGUACAGAAUGAACAGCUCGUGCCGCUUCUUGCGUCCGUACCUUCACCGCACGCUCCAGCGCUCCGUAAAGCCGGAGCACGCGAGGGCUUACCUCUCGUUCCAGCGUCGCUUCGCUCAGACAACGGCCAAGCCUACAGAGGCAGACAAUGUCACUCACGACUAUGAGAAGCGUGUUAAACAAUUGGAACAAGCUGGCGAUCUAGCGACAUACUACCCGCUGAACCCGCACAAAGCAGAUCGGACAACCGCAGGGCGCGUUCACGAGGUGUUCGCCCGGUUGAAGAAUGACGAGGUUAGGACGGAUGUGACGGUGACGGUUUUUGGAAGGGUAACUUCCCGCCGCUCGUCUGGCUCUAAGCUCGUCUUCAUCGACAUCUCCGAUGGAGCGUACACCAUCCAAGGUCUCUGCAACUUCGGUGUCCUUGAAAAGAAUGGAGUACCCAAGGAGGACUUUAAGCGCUUCUCCAAAUUGGCUCGCAAAGGAGACAUCUUCGCCAUAACCGGCCAUCCAACCCGCACAACGAGCGGCGAACUUUCCAUCCUGGCUACUGAGGUGCCGCAAUGCCUUGCCCCUGCCUUGCACCAAAUCCCUGAGGAGAUUGAGAACCCAGAGACGCUUGCCCGCCAGCCGCAUGUCGACUUCCUAGUACACAAGCGCCGUGUUGCCACCCAACGCAUCCGUUCUGGUAUCAUUAGCUCAAUGCGAAAGUUCUUUGACGAGGAUGGAUUCCUCGAGGUCAGCACGCCCAUCCUGACAGCAGGUGCUGGCGGAGCGUCUGCCAGACCUUUUGAGACCAGUGCCAACGAGUUCCCUAACGACCCACUCACCCUCAGGAUAGCACCAGAACUUUUUCUCAAGCGUCUGGUUAUCGGCUCUGGGGAAAGAGUCUAUGAGAUCGGUACCGUGUUCAGGAAUGAAGGCAUCGACGCAACACACAAUCCAGAAUUUACCAUUUGCGAAUUUUACGAACCAUAUGCUAAUCUUGAGGAUCUCAUCCAACGCACUGAGACUCUUUUUUCCACUUUGAAGGCCACAGUCGACAAACUCAUGCAAGAGAACGUCGUGCGUGAAAACAUUGCUCCCCUCACAGUCGACCUUCAAGCGCCAUUCAAGCGCCUUGAGUUCAUCCCCACUAUCGAGAAGGCCAUCAACCGCCGCCUGCCCGACCUGAGCAGCCAAACGGCGUUCGACGAUCUCUCCGCCCUCUGCAAAGAACUGGACAUACCCAUCGCCGCGGACGCGACCCUGCCCCGCCUCCUCGACGAGCUCGCCGCCCUCUACAUCGAGCCGCUCUGCACCUCGCCCACCUUCAUCACGCACCACCCGGAAGUCAUGUCGCCGCUGGCCAAGAGCUUCGCCGACCCGGCGACGGACCAGCGGCUGUCGCGGCGCGUCGAGCUGUUCAUCCAGGGCCGCGAGUACGUCAACGCGUACGAGGAGGAGAACUCGCCGUUCGAGCAGCGCCGCAAGUUCGAGGCCCAGCUGCGCCGCCGCGACCCGGACGAGGCCGCCCUCAACGAGCGCGGCGUCGACGAGGGCUACGUCGAGGCGCUGGAGUGGGGCUUGCCGCCGACGGGCGGCUGGGGCUGCGGGAUCGAUCGGAUCGUCAUGCUGUUUUCGGGGACGAGCAGGAUCGCGGAUGUGCAGCCGUUUGGCUCCCUGAGGAACGUCGUGGCGCUGGGAAAGGGGAGGGUGGGACAGUCGUGA